UUCCGAAUUGCAUUUGGCAACCCUAUUCUGGUACCGGAGAAUGUAAAUUUUGAGGCAUCGAAUUAUUGGACUCAAAUAGAGACGCCAGUAGCAAAAACCGAGAUUUGUUGAGCCCCAGAUAAACAUAGCCAUGGAGGCCAAAACCGACGCUCCCAUCUCCCCGGCACCGACACCAAAUCCGACGCCAGACUCCGCCAAGGAGCAGAAUUGCACCAACAACACGCAGGCCAAUUCGGCAGCCGCGCCGGGAGCAACUGCAUCCGCAGCCACCGCUGGCCAGUCCACGCCGGCAGCGCAACAACAGCAACAGCCGACGGCCAAGAAGACCAGUGGCGAGACAAGCUCGAUGCCCACGCGACAGUACCUGGACCAGACGGUGGCGCCGGUUCUGCUUCACGGACUGCAGGCGCUGGCCCGCGAGAGGCCCACGGAUCCGAUCCAGUUUCUGGCCUCCUACCUGCUGAAGCACAGCAACGGGUGCGAGGAGAACAACGCCGCUGCAGUGGACAACAACUCGUAAAACCCUCCUCCCCUUUUCCGCUCGUUAGUUUUGUAAGUGAACAGUGCAUAAAUAAUAAACGUUUAAAUUUAGAA